UCCUGCCUUCCCAACAUGCUCUGCGCUGUUAUUGACAAUAUGGCGUCCGAACUAGUAAUCGAAACAGUUCGUCCCACAGCAAACUCCCAGGUUCCAGAGCCAAGAAGCGGUCAUAGAUGUGGAGCUGAUGAUGGAAAUCUAUAUGUGUUUGGUGGUUAUUCUCCAAAUAACGAAAACUACCUUUACCGUGAGUUAUGGCGAUUCAAUAUCGCUACAAAAACGUGGCACUACGUAAAUACAACUGGUCCCUUUCCUAAUGAAGUUGCCUCAAGUUGUCUUGUCUACGACAAGGGAAAUCUUAUCGUCUUCGGUGGAUCUGGAGUUCCCUUUGGUGAAAGUAAUAGCAAAAAGCUUCACGUGUGCUCCUUGAGGAGACAUCAGUGGUUUGAUCUCUCGGAAACAUAUUCUGACAAAGAUGAAAGUGAUGGGGAAGAUGUUUCACCGAUUGCUGGCUAUGGACAGAGUAUGGUUUUAUCCAAGGACAAGGAAUUGUACGUUUUUGGUGGCACAACCGGAUUAGAGUUCAACUCCUAUUUGUAUCGUUACAGCUUCUCCACUCAUACUUGGUUGUAUGUGAAAGGUCAGAAUCCACCUCUACCCCGAUACAGACACGAAUCCGUAAGCGACGGCGAAAGGUUUUAUGUUAUCGGUGGAGGAAUGAGCAGUCGAGAUCCCGAAGUAUUCUUCCAGCUGGAAAAAAUUCAGUCUUUUAACUUUUCUUCUAAACAAUGGGAGGAGCAUGUUUGUUAUCCGUCACGAACUUAUGGUUUUCCUCAGCGUCGAAGAUGUCACGGUUGCGUAAUUUUUAACUCAGUUGUGUACAUUUGCGGAGGUUAUGACGGGUUGAACAUUUUUGAUGAUAUAUGGAGCCUUGAUCUAGCGACAUUUCAAUGGCAAAAGCUCCACAAGGUUUUACCUUACCCUGUUUACUUUCACUCAGCUGCAGUUACUCCAGCAGGCUGCAUGUAUAUGUUUGGAGGUGUGAAGACUAUCAAUUCUGAUGAAGCCAUCAGGUCAAAUGAUGUUUUUAGACUUUGUUUAGCUUGGCAACCUCUUGUGGAAAGAUGUUGGGAAGUUGUCACAAGUUGUCUUCAAGGAAAAAGGAAUUUCCAUACAGAUCUUAAGAGUCUUGGGCUUCCACACCAUUUCUUGGAAAGGCUGAAAUAAUGUACAUCCAUACAGCAAGUUACUGACCAAAUUUUUUCCACUCAGUUUAAUGGCCCAGGGGCCCAUUUCUUGAAAGCUCUGCUAACUUUCAGGCUGAAAGCCAUGUUUAAAAAUCAAAAUUUAGAUGAUAGCAGAAAAGCAGGUUUUGGCACCCAAACCAGUUUGUUUCUUUACUUGAUAGAUUUGUGUUAUUUUCAACACUUUUAAAAUUCCUAUCUUGAAUGAAAACAGAGCAGCUUUAUAGGCUUGUUAAGUUACCUGGA